AUGGCCGACGAUUCUAGGCCGAAGAGCGAUCAGUCCUUUGCUUCCUUCAACCUCUCACACGCGUUUGCUCAACCGAAUCCGAACAAUUGUCCUCAAGCCCCUUCUCCACCAUCUGAUGAAGAUAUUGCUCAUGUUCAGUACAUUCAAAGUCUUUUGGCCAAACGUCCUGGUCCCGAAUAUUUAUCCUCUAGACCCGGAGCAGGUGGCUCGAAAUUCAUUUAUAUCGAAGGUUGGAAAGUCAUCGAAUUGGCCAAUGAGAUCUUUGGCUUCAAUGGUUGGAGUACCGAAACUAAGACGAUAGAUGUGGAUUAUGUUGAUCAGAAUGCGGAUGGGAAGUACAGUGUCGGAGUCAGCGCGAUCGUACGAAUCAGGCUCAAAGACGGUAGUAGUCACGAGGAUGUGGGUUAUGGCAAGAUAGAAAACUGUCCAACCAAGGGAGAUGCACUCGAAAAGUGUAAAAAAGAGGCUGUCACUGAUGCUCUUAAGCGUUCGAUGCGCGCGUUCGGAAAUCUACUCGGGAACUGUCUCUACGAUAAGAAUUUUUUGGGGAACAUCAAGAAUAUGCAAGCUCAGAAGGUAACAGUGCUCUUUUAUCUCGAGAGAUAUCCUACUCAUGAUGUGAUGUAA